AGGACAAAGUAUGUUGAGGUACAUACCAUAGAUUGUACUAGUGCAAAUGAAGAGAUACUCUCUGUGUGAGCUUUGUUGGCCAUCAAUUUAUUUUAAAGGUUUUAGAAACACAACCACAACAAGCCAAUGAUGCGAUGGUUGAGCUUGGAAGAACGCUUUAAUGAUACAUAUUUUUAUUCUUAAUGUGACUGUUUAUUUGAGCAAAGGUCACAAUGGAGGUUUUACAAGACGCAGAAGAGCACGCACUGAGUAAACCAGGGGGUCGUCUGGACAUGACUCACGGCUUCCUACACCACAUCAGGCGAAACCAGAUCGCAAGGGAUGACUAUGACAAAAAGGUGAAACAAGCAAAAGAAAAGCAACGGCGCAGGCACACCAACACCCCCUGUCGCCCACGGCGCCCAGACCAACAGGUGUAUCACCCACGGCACCGGAACGGUGAGCCAAGCGAAGCGGGAGAUGAGUGGCAGGACAACGAGAGCGGAGACAGCAGCGUGGAGCAGGAGAGCGGCUCGACCUCGCACCUCUUCUGGCUCGACUACCAGGCAGACAGCGGACAUGUCACCUCCUUCAUCGUCUGCAAGGAGGACAAUCCAGAGAGUGUGGUGGAGCGAGUGGCAGAGGAGAACGUUCUAGACUCAGCCAUGAAGACGGUUCUGCUAGCACGCAUCCGUAAGGAGAUGGACAAGCGGCGGAACAAGCGCUGAGCAGAACGGAACCACGCUUGGGGAAAGAACAUGCGCAACUCAAUUUCAAAACCAAACACAGAACUGAUGGUGGACCAUAGUGGUAUUAGACAGAGGAGAGGGGUGUAUAGGCAUAGGCGUGAUCAGGAGAAUGAAGGAGUGGUGGAGGAAGAAGAGGAGGACAAGUGUGGAUCUGUGAAGAAGAGAUGAGAGUUAAGUGGUGGAGAGAAAGUAAGGGGAGAAGUGUGGAUAUAUGAAGUGGAGAUGAGAGUUCAGUGGUGGAGGAAGAGGGAGAGGAGAAGUGUGAACAUACCGUAUGAAGAGGUGCAGAGGGGCCAGCUCAGGUGUUCUGCACUCCUCGAGGACAGAGGAGCGAAUCGGGCAAGGAUCCUACCUAGUCCAGCCACAGGACAGCACUUACGUACAGGAAGUCAGAGGGUGCAAGUCAAUCGCCUAAAUUUGCAUCCUUCCCUCUAUUAUCUGACCUUGUGACUUGUUGUCAACUUGGGUUGGGUCAGUUAGUUUUAUGUUGGACAUUAGUUUAACAUUAAAACAAACAUGAUAUAUCUGAAUAAUAAUCCUUUUUGUCAAACCAACUUUAAAACAGAUGGAUAUCCUCAUGUGCCACAAGGCAUUUUUUCCUGCCAGAUAAAUCACGUUUGUAUUUCGAAUAUCAAUGUAUGAUAUAAAACUGACUUUACUCAAGUCGACACCAAGGAACGUGAUUGGAGGAGGAUGGAGGAAAGGGUGUGAGUUUGAGGAAAUGACUUGUACCUACAAAGUCGAGACCCACAGGGGUCAGAGGUCAUGCCCUCUAAUGAACAGCCAUGCUGAUCUAUACACACACACACACACACAAUGGUCAUCCUUUUAUUAUCCAUACACAUCUAAACAAUAAUGUCUGGUUGGCCUGUUUUUCUUUUUACUGUGAUCAACAAUAACUGGAACUAAGAGUUGUGUCUGUCUGUGGUUUCAAGAAGUACAAGAAGUACCCUUGUGUUCUGUUUGCUUGCUUGUUUGUGCUCUGGAGCAGCAGUGGUGUCAUGUUUUUAGUUUGAGAAAUGUGCUUAAAGUCAGAGCAGAUGCAUGUACAGUAUGUAUGUGUGACCAGUUACUCUUUGUGUAAGCAGAUGUACACGCAGGUACAUGCGGAUGCAAGGAGUUAGAUGCUCACCUUACUUGCGCAUCGCCAUGUCAGUCAGUCAAAUGUUGAUAUUGCUCCAUCCUCCUGUUUUCUUUAAAUGUCAUGUGAAAAACAUUUUCAUUUAAUUACCUCAGCAAAGAUGUUUUUUUUAUGGAGAUUUUUUCCUGUCUGCUGAGUUGACCCAGAAAUGACCUUUGUCACCAGGCAAAGUGGUGAGGUAAACCUUUGCCCUCCUUUCCCUUCCCGUAUUGUAUGACCUUACGACGUGAGGCUAUUAGUCAUCACUGAUCAGAGUUUUUAUUCAAUAUCUUGCAAAAACAUAAUUCAAGGGUCGUUCUCUCAUUUGCAAUCAGGAUGUUGAAUGGGGCAAAGUCCCCUUGAAGUUGCUUUGCACUGGUUGACAGCAGGUAAACUGUACUUUCUGCCCAGAGGCAGGGAGACACUGAUGCAAGUUGACAGAGGGCACAGGGAAGGAUGGAAGGGCAAAGGUUAGCUUGUACCCAAGGUGAUGCAUGCCAGGAGGAAGCCAUUCAAUGUUGAAAAGGGAAGGCUGAAAUCUGAAGCAAAAGGGUUGAAUCAUAUUUUAUGUUCACCUUCGGAGGCUCUUAAAGAUGUCCUUGGUGCACAUCUCAUGUAUGUUUGUGUAUUUUCAGUUUGUUGUUUAUUAAAAAGAAAAGUUUUUACUUAUA